UUUAGUGGGUCUUACAAAGACGUUCUAUUCACAAUAUGAGGUAAACAGUCGAGGUUACAAAGAGAUUAGAGAAAGAAGGAAAAGGUCGGAGCUUUGUUGAAAGGCUCAGACAGAAACACUAAGCAAGGCGAUUGAUCGUAAACCCUAGAUCUUGCCGUCAAUCUCUUAGUGUCUAUUUGCGGAUCCCUUCCUUCCUUCCAUUCGUUCUCCUUUUAUAGGCUCUACAUGUCUCUCACUCGUUCGCCCUGGCAGUUUGAGCUUAAUUUGAUGUUUAAUGGGCUGUCCAGCCGAGCGAUAGCUUGAUGGGCCGAUACUGGUCCAGUCGGUCAUUUGAUCGUGAGGCUGAGUCGAUCGAGCGAUGGCCUGAUGAUCCAAGACUGAUCCAGUUGAUCGGGAGGCCCAAAUGAUUAGCUUGGAUUCCAACACCGAUCGUCAUGUUAGAUCCUGGUUAGUCUUCUGAUAAGAUUGGUCCGAAUCUUAUUAACCGACGGGCCUUGUGUCAGAAUGCUAAAUUCCUCUCUAACAGUAAGCCCCCCCCCCCCCAGUCCGCUUGCGAAUAAACAUUGGUCUUCGCAGUGGAAUGUCAUGAAUUGGUUCUGAGGAUAAUGGAUUCGGUCUUGUCUAUUGUUGGAGUUCAUUGAUCGGUUAGACAACCGCCGCCCUAGGUGAUCAAGCAAUCAACGAACAACCCUGAUGUUUUCACGAUUCCCUUUGGCGAUCGAUUGACCGUCUGGUCUUUUCCUAUCGAUUGGUCGCCUCUUAUGCCGCAUAUCGCGCGGAAGUCUGGAGCGUCGCCCUCGUUGGCCUAAUAACAGGAUCUGAGUGUAAUAAUCUGGGCCCGAAAAGGCCUAAUAACAGUAUUAUCUCCAAAGCCCGUUACUUUAGCUAUAAAUAAGGUCUUAAUCUCUUAUUUCUUCACUUCUCUUCAAACCCAAAGGUACUUUCUCUCGCCCUUUCUCCCUCUCUCCCUUGCGAUUUCCAUUUUUUUUUUAUUUUCGGGAUCGAUUGGUCGAUCGCCCGUUGAGGAGGAAGGUUUGUUGUUUCUGAUCAGAUUAGGCUUUUCUCACGAUCGAUUGAGAGUCGAUCGAUCGGUCUUGGGUACUCUACGCGUGCCAUCGAUCGCUCUUAAACGGAUGGAUCUGGCGAUUAGGGUUAAUUGCGGCGACAAGGCUGUUCGAUCCGUCGAUUCGGGGGCUGGUACUGAAGAACCGCUUGAUGGAAGCGAAGGUAAGCGAUGUCUUACGGUCGAUCGCGAGCACUCUGCGGCGAGUGGUGGCGAUGGAGGCGUUGGGCAUCUUGCGCGCGACUCUCGUCCGGCCAAGAUUGGGCCCGCCGGAAAGCGCUCGAGCAACUCCGAGGCUGCGGGGCAGUCAUCGCGAAGAUCUGUUCCUUCGCCGACCGAGCGACUGACUCCGUUCCGUUUUUGUUGUGAUGGAACAAUUGAAGAACUUCCAGAUCUGGCCCCGUCGUUUGAUCGGUCGCGGGGACUAGAUGGGCAGGAUUGGGGUGACGUUGCCCCUACUCAUUCUACUUUGGAAGGGGUUUCCUUGUUGAUGGAAGCGAACCGAGCAUCCGGCGUCACUUUCAUGAUCCCGAGAUCAGAUCAGCGUCCGUGGAGUCCGCCGGUCGGAUACUGCUGUGUUUACGAAUCAUUUUUCGGGGAGGACUCGAGGUUGUGGUUUCCGAUUCCUCGUUUGAUCACCUCCUAUUGUUUUCGGCGAGGGAUCGCCAUCAGUCUGCUUAUGAACGGGGCGAUCAGGAUCGCUGUUUCGUUGAUGGUUAUGGCGGCGGAGAUUGACGUGUCGUUGACCGUUCGCAUUUUCGAGGAACUAACACAAGUUCAGCCAAAACCAAAUGGGCUUUACUCAGUGCAGAUGAGGUCGGGUUUGAACGUCUUUACCAGUCCCCUUAUCAAGACUAAGAGAUGGCAACGCUCUUAUUUUUAUGUCAAAGCAGACGAUGAUGGAUUCGUUGAGCCGCUAGAAGUCGAUCGCCGGGUUUUAUGGAGUAGCAGCAUUGGUAGAUCGUCUUGUGUCGACCUGUUCCUCGUCGUGGGGUUGAUUCUAACUUUUCUUUUAAAUUUUUCUUUUUUGCAGUUGGUCAUCCAAACACCUUUGGUCCUUGGGACGCUUUUCGGAGGGACUUACCGAAGAUUGUCGUGCUCCGAUCCCAAGAGUGGAAGGACUUUGACCGCAAAAGAAUUCGUCGUCAACGAAGACGCAUCGCUAACGUCGAUUGGGCGGCGGACAUUCCUUGCGAGGAACCGAAGGGGAAGAAAAGACUAAAACUUCCGAUCAUGGGAACUCCUUCUAGAGUGUAUCCAGACUACAGCGAGAUCUUGGCUGCUCAACUGAGGGACGCA